UACAAAUGACGUUAAUAUAGUUGAAAACAGGAAAAAUUUUCAUGGUAUGCCUUUAAGGGUGUCUUAUGUGAUUCAAGAUAAAAACACCAUGAAUCAUUUAACAGAUUACAGAGAUAAGCAUUUAGAUAACCUAACAAAAAUCAACUUUAUUUUGUACAAUAUCUUAUGUGAUCUAUUAAAUUGCACUCAGAUACCACUCUUUACCAACGGGUGGGGUUUCGAAACCAAGAACAAAACUACCAACCGUACUACGUUUUCACAUGGAAUGUUUGAGGACCUCAUGUAUGAUAAAUCCGAUGUAGCAGGAACUGUUUCAUUUACACCCGCCACUCGACUUAAAUAUUUUAAAUAUAUGUUUGCACCGAUCAAAGAUUUUUCCGUACAUUUUGUAUUUCGAGCACCUCCACUAGCCUACUAUACCAACUUAGUAGUGCUGCCAUUUGACACCAUGGUAUGGCUAACUAUUGGAAUUGUCCUAGUUUUCUGCUGCAUUCUUACCAAUGCCAUUUUCCAUUGGGAAGUGAAACAAGAAGAGUUUGCUGAAGACCUAGAAACUUAUCAGGAAAACGAGCCGAGUUUCUUGGAUGUCGUUAUAAUGCAGAUCGCGGUGAUCUGUCAAAUAGACUUUUUCUACGAACCAAAAAGUAUCUCUGGGAAAAUUGCCACGUUCACAGUAUUAAUAUUUUGUACCUUCAUUUAUACCGCAUUCUCAGCCAGGAUUGUUUUACUUCUACAAUCAAACACCAACAAAAUUGAUAAUUUAAAUGCCUUGUACGCCACUAACUUUGAGUUUGGAGUUGAAAGCCAAUUAUAUAAUAUAUUUUAUUUUAAGGAGCCCAGUGAUCGUAGUGAUGAAACAUGGCGUAAGAAAAUUUAUGAAAACAAAAUUAAAAAAGGAAAUUCUGAAAAAUUUUUUGGAGCUGCAGAGGGAAUGCGACUGGUUAGAGACUCAUAUUUUACUUUUCACAUUGAGCAGACUGUCGCCAACUAUUUAAUCGAUAGAUCAUUUUCGCAUACUCAAAAAUGCGCCUUAAAGUUUGUAGAAACAAUUUACAAAGCUGAUAUUCCAUACUUGGCCAUUCCUAGGAAUUCACCUUACAUGGAAUUUCUCAUUGUCAGUUUCAGAAGACUAGCAGAAACUGGUCUGCACAACAGAGAAUACCGAAACUGCUUUACUAAAAAACCAUCAUGCGAAGGCAGAACUAAUACUUUCGUAAGCGUGGGCCUUAUAGAAUCCUAUUUUGCCUUUUUAGUUUUCGGAUGCGGUAUUUGUAUCAGCCUAAUAUUACUUCUGCUCGAAAACUUAGUUUUUAGAUAAAUAAUUAUAUGUAAUGGCUUUGUAGGACGUA